CGAUACGUCUGGGGAUAAACUGCUUAAGUGCGAUGCUAUAACUACAGUACGGUGACGCAAUCGACUCGACGCAGCUUCACAUGAUCUCAAUCAAAUUUGCAUCAGCUCUCUGUGUGUGUGGCAAUUGGAUCAUGGAUUGAGCUAAGACUGUUUCAUCGAUAAAGUUUGGAUUUUUGUUUCAAAUUGAAGUGAACGGUACUCUGGAUUUGCUUCAUUGGAUCGAAACAGAGGAACUGAAGUGAAGAGAUGGAGAAUGUGUCCGAGUCUGAUGAUGUUAGAACCUCCAUUAUCCACCUCCCUGAUGAUUGCCUUUCCUUUAUCUUCCAACGGCUUGAUAAUCUCGACGACCACGAUUCAUUCGGUUUGACUUGUCAUCGCUUUCUCAACAUUCAAAACAUUAACCGCCGCUCUCUCCAGUUCCAGUGCUCAUUAUCUCUCCUCAACUCUCCAAGUCUCUCUCAGCCAACUCUCGCUGUGAACUCAGAUCAUCUCCAUAGGCUUCUCACUCGGUUUCAGUGGCUGGAGCAUCUUUCCCUCUCUGGCUGCACGGUGCUGAACGAUUCGAGUCUAGCCUCUCUCAGGUAUCCUGGCGCAAGACUGCAUAGUCUCCACUUGGACUGUUGCUAUGGGGUUUCUGAUGAUGGGAUCUCCACAGUCGCUAGCUUUUGUCCUAAUCUGAGAGUGGUUAGUCUCUACCGUUGCAGUAUCAGCGACAUUGGGUUAGAAACACUAGCCAGGGCUGCUUCCUUGGCUUUAAGAUGCGUGAAUCUCUCGUAUUGUCCUCUUGUGUCUGACUUUGGAGUUAAAGCAUUGACGCAAGCGUGCUUACAGAUUGAGUCGGUGAAGAUCUCAAACUGCAAGAGCAUAACCGGUGUUGGCUUUAUUAACUCUUCUCCAACUUUAAGCUAUGUGGAUGCCGAGUCUUGUCAGCUUGAGCCGAAAGGUGUAGCGGGGAUCAUCAGCGGAGGCGGGGUUGAGUUUCUAAACAUCUCAGGUCCAGUUUCCUACAUCGGCAAAGACGGUUUGGUUCCCAUUGGGUCUGGCGUUGCGUCGAGACUUAGAGUCUUGAACUUGAGGAUGUGCAGAACUGUUGGUGAUGAGUCCAUAAAAGCUAUAGCGAAAGGUUGUCCGUUGCUGCAAGAGUGGAACUUGGCUUUGUGUCAUGAAGUCAGGGUUGAGGGAUGGGAAGCUGUGGGGAAGUGGUGUUGUAGCUUGAAGAGACUCCAUGUGAACCGUUGUAGGAACUUGUGUGAUCAAGGGCUGCUUGGGAUCAGAAGAGGGUGCAAGAAUCUUCGGAUACUGUAUAUGAAUGGGAAUGCGAGGCUGACCUCUACAGCAGUUGAGAUGUUUAAGUUACACAGAGGAGAUGUUACGCUCAGGAGUGAAGAAGUUAUGGUUAUAGGACCAGACUGGAGACUGUAUACACGAGGAUGAAGCAUCAGUUUAGACCAAUGUGUUCUAGAAUAGGCUUCAAUGUUGUAAUAAAGAAUAAUAUUAUUAUGAAUACCACCAGAUAUGUCUUUAUACAACUUCACUUUCCA